CGACAUCAACAAGAUAACCGAUCAGGAAAUUGCCAAAAACUACCUGUCCUAUGUCAACUAUGCAUUGGCUAUGGAAAGCAAUAUAAACUCCCAGGCCCAAUGGAAUUAUGCCGUCAAUAUUAAUGAUGAUACGGAAAAAGCACGGGACACUGCAACUGUACGUUUUAAUGACUUUCAAAAAAGACAGUUAUCGGAUACCCAACGGUUCAAUUGGUCCACAUUUGAACCUUUUACUAAACGCCAGUUCGAGAAACUGGGUGUCAUUGGGACGGCAGCUCUCGAUAAGGACGACGAAGAAACGUAUAAUAAAGUAACUAGCAACAUGGAGACAAUUUAUAGUACGGCUAAAAUUAAUGUCAAAAAUAGAAAAGAUUUAUCACUAGAGCCAGACUUAACAAAAAUAAUGGCCGAAUCCGAUGAUUAUGAUGAACUACAGGAGGUAUGGGUUAACUGGAGGGACGCAACCGGUAGUAAAAUGAGAGACGAUUUUAUUAAAUACUAUGAGUUGGGCAACAAAGCGGCAAAACUAAACAAAUUACCCGAUAAGGAGUUUAAAACACUGGACGACUUGUGGCUGUUUUCAUGGGAAACACCCGAUAUUAAGGAACAAACAGAGAAGCUAUGGACAGACGGUUUGAAACCGUUUUACGAGAAACUACACGCUUAUAUUAGACAUAAAUUAUCUGAGAAAUAUCCGGGUAAAAUGCCCAAAGAUGGUACAAUACCGGCACACUUGUUGGGUAAUAUGUGGGCCCAACAGUGGAGCAAUAUAUUGCAAACGGUUGAUGGUAUCGGUCCCGAUGCCCAAACUAUUGAUGUUAAACAAGCCAUGAUUGAUCAGGGAUAUAACGCAACCGUAAUGUUUAAAAAAGCUGAAAAAUUUUUCGUCGAUCUCGGAUUGGAUCCGAUGACCGAUGAAUUUUGGAAGAAAUCGGUUACCGAGAAAAUACCCGACAAACAGAUGGUCUGUCACGCUUCUGCCUGGGAUUUUAUGGAUCAGCCGAAAAAGGACUUCCGUAUCAAACAGUGCACAGAUGUCACAAUGGAGGACCUGAUUACAGUUCAUCACGAAAUGGGACACAUCCAGUACUAUCAACAGUAUAAAAAUCAGCCAACAGUUUACCGGGAAGGUGCUAAUCCAGGAUUUCAUGAGGCAAUCGGCGAUCUGCUGGCACUGUCAGUGUCGACACCCAAACACUUGAGAGAUGUCCUCAAACUGUUGGACAGUUCAGUUCAGGUGACCGAUGAUGUGAACAUCAGGUUUCAGUUGCAGAUGGCAUUGGAUAAGUUAGCAUUUCUGCCGUUUGGCUAUAUUAUGGAUAAGUGGCGUUGGGAUGUGUUUUCCGGUCAGACAUCAUCAGCCAAUCUGAACAGGCAUUGGUGGGAACUGAGACUCAAAUACCAGGGUAUAUCGCCGCCAGUCAAACGCAGCGAAAACGAUUUUGAUCCCGGAGCCAAAUAUCAUAUACCGGCCAGUGUUGAGUAUAUCCGAUAUUUUGUAUCACAUAUAUUGCAGUUUCAAUUUCACCAAAAAUUAUGCAGUUUUCGGGAAAAUAAUGAAAAACUUCACGAAUGCGAUAUCGAUGGCGACAAAGACGCCGGAAAACUAUUGAAGAUUAUGUUAUCAGAGGGCUCGAGUAAGACAUGGCCAGUCAUAUUGAAACAGUUUACGGGAAAUACCGAUAAAAUGGAUGUCCAGCCGUUGAUCCAGUAUUUUAAACCGUUGAACGACUAUUUGGACAGUGAGAUCAAAGCUGCCGAUAUUAAAGUUGGCUGGGAUUCAAAUGUUGAUGACUAUUUUACUUCAUCAUCAAAUCCAGUAUUUAAAACAUUUACAAUAUUAUCGACAAUUUUGGCCAGAUUUGUGGCUAAUUAUGCUAAUAGACUAACAUUUGAUCCGGGUAUGGUAUUGGAUACCGACACCUAUACCGACAUCAUCACAACCAACACUACUAAUGACAAGAUAACUGACCAGGAAAUUGCCAAAAACUACCUGUCCUAUGUUAACCAUGUAUUGGCAAUGGAAAAUAACUUAAAGAAACAAGGUGAAUGGAAUUAUGCGGUCAAUAUUAAUAGGGAUACCGAAAAAGCACGGAAUGCUGCUAAUGUUCGGUAUAAUAACUACAAAAAAGCACAGUUAGCUCAAACUCAACGAUUCAAUUGGUCGACAUUCGAGCCGUACAUUAAGCGUCAGUUCGAGAAACUGGCGGUCAUUGGGACGGCAGCUCUCGAUAAGGACGACGAAGAUAUGUAUCAUAAAGUUACAACUAAUAUGGAAACAAUCUAUAGUACGGCCAAAAUUAAUGUUAAAGGCAAACAUAAUUUAUCACUUGAGCCAGUAUUUACCGAAUCAAUUGGCGAUCUGAUGGCACUAUCAGUUCAGACACCCAAACACUUGAGAGAUGUCCUCAAACUAUUGAAUAGUUCAGUUCAUGCGACCCAUGAGUUGGACAUCAAGUUUCAGUUGCAGAUGGCAUUGGAUAAGUUGGCAUUUCUGCCGUUUGCCUAUAUUAUGGAUAAGUGGCGUUGGGAUGUGUUCAAUGGCCAGACAUCAUCGGCCGACCUGAACCGACACUGGUGGAAAUUGAGACUCAAAUACCAGGGUAUAUCGCCGCCAGUCAAACGCACCAAACGCGACUUUGAUCCCGGAGCCAAAAUGCAUAUAUCGGCCAAUAUUGAAUACAUCCGAUAUUUUGUGUCACAUAUAUUGCAGUUUCAAUUUCACCAAAAGUUAUGCAGUUUUCGGGAAAAAAAUGAAAGUCUACACAAUUGUGAUAUCAAUGGCGACAAAGAAGCCGGUAAUCUAUUGAAGAUUAUGUUGUCAAAGGGUUCGAGUAAGACAUGGCCAGUCAUAUUGAAAGAGUUUACGGGAACUACCGAUAAACUAGACGUUCAGCCAAUGAUUCAAUAUUUUAAACCAUUGAACGACUAUUUGGACAAUGAGAUCAAAACGGCCGGUAUUAAAUGUUUAUUAAUUGAAUGCAAACCAACCAACAAAACAACAAAACCAAAAACACCUAAACAUGUGAUCACUGAUGAAUCGUUAGGAACCGAUCUUUUGGCCAAUUUUGACAAAGAAUAUAUCGUCCAACAAAACCGAUUGUGUAAUACAAACUGGGACUACGAUACCGAUAUGACCGAAGCCAAACUGGCCAUUAAGUCAAAAUCUAUUGAAUUGUUAAGCGCUUUCCAAAAACGGUGGACCCAUGAAGUCAAUCAGUAUAAUUGGACCGACUUUUUACUAUUCAAUAGUCGACAAUUUGAAAAGAUAGCCGUCAUCGGGACGUCGGCACUGAAACCGGCCGAAGAGAAAAAGUAUUAUAAAGUGACAAAUAAAAUGGAGAAGAUCUACAGUACGGCCAAAAUAUGUGUAGACGGAGAGUGUAUGCUUGAGUUUAAACCUGAUAUCGAAAGGAUAUUCACUGAAUCAAAAUCAUAUGAAACACUUAAGGAGGCGUGGGUUAACUGGAGGGCCCAAACCGGCAAAAAGAUGCGCAACUAUUACAUACAGUACUACCAGUUGGGCAAUCGGGCGGCCAAACUCAAUGAACUGCCAAACAAAAAGUUCAAUACACUGGACGAUCUAUGGCUAGCCUCCUGGGAAACACCGAACAUCAAAGAGGAAACCCUACGGCUGCUCAUGGAUGUGAUGCCACUGUACAAGAAACUGCACGCAUACGUUAGGAUGCACCUGAGGAAACAGUAUGGCGAAACUAAAGAUUAUCCCCAGGACGGUACUAUACCGGCACAUCUAUUGGGCAAUAUGUGGGCCCAGGACUGGGCAAACCUGAUGGAAAAACAACCGGGUAUUGACCCGUAUCCCGAUGUGGCCAAACUGGACGUUACCAAUGAGCUACGUCGACAAAACUAUACGGCAAAACGGAUGUUUGAAUUGGCCGACAGUUUCUUUAUCAAUUUGGGAUUGUCUCCGAUGACACCGACAUUUUGGAACCGAUCGGUCAUCGAGAAGAUACCCAAUCGGCAAAUGGUUUGUCACGCCUAUGCCAUGGAUUUCUUUGACAUCAGUGGUAACGAUUUUAGGAUUAAGAUGUGCACUGACAUUACAAUGUACGACUUGGUUACCGUCCAUCACGAAAUGGGACACAUCCAGUACUUUAUGAACUACAGAGAUCAGCCGGGUAUCUAUCGGGAGGGCGGCAAUCCUGGCUUUCACGAGGCAAUCGGCGAUAUGAUAGCCCUAUCGGUUUCGACACCGAAACAUUUGGCCAAAAUAAAACUAUUGAAACUCAAUACGGACUCGGCAUACAUGAAAAAGAUAACCAUUAAAUUUCAGCUACAAAUGGCCCUGGGCAAAGUAGCACAGUUACCCUGGGCCUAUUUGGUGGAUAAGUGGCGCUGGGAUGUAUUUUCCGAAAAGAUACCGGCCUCGGCUCUCAACAAACAAUGGUGGAAACUGAGGGGUCAACUGCAGGGACUGUCGCCGCCGGUCAAACGCAGCGAACAGGACUUUGAUGCCGGUGCCAAAUAUCAUGUCGCUACCAAUAUGGAGUAUAUUAGAUAUUUUGCAGCCAUUUUGCUACAGUUCCAGUUUCAUAAAUCCCUGUGCCAGUUUAGCCAGAAAAAUGUACCACUAUACGAGUGCGAUAUCGAUGGCGAUCGGGAUGCCGGCAAUAAGCUCAGAACAAUGUUAAGUAUCGGAUCGUCCGAUCUGUGGCCUAAACAACUGGAACUGAUGACUGGCACCGAUCGUAUGGACGCUAAGCCGAUGCUCGAGUACUUUGAACCGUUGAACCAGUUUCUGGAUGAACAGCUCAAGAAUGAGACCAUCGAUUGGGAUUUUGAUGUUGAAGACUAUUUUGAUAAUGCAUUGCAAGCGCCGGUCGAGUUUCGUAGCUCUAAGAAAAGGGGAUCGGGAUUAACGAAAUCGGGAGUACCUAAACGUAAAAAAUCUGGAUAACUGUCCCCCCUACUAUUUUUUAAUACUUACCCCUACCCAUUACCCCCUCC